UGAAUCUAUUAAAAUAACCAUUAUGCGCUAAUAUGCCGUGAAAUAACACUCCGGUGAUGCUACUGCACAGGACGUUUGAGGGUUGCAAUAAAGCAGCGGAUGUUUUUGCGACAUGUUCCGGUUUGAGGAAAAAGAUCACCGGAAGUCGUCGUUUGACAGCCGCUCUAGGUAGCAUCAGGAGCUAAUGAUACGCUGUUAUAUUCACUGAGCCUUUUUCAUUGGAGACAAAACAAACGAUUUUGUUCUUCAGCCACAUUGUCAGCCACUACAAUAAGACGUGAUUGUGGUGAAUGGGACGUGGGUGACAUGACAGUUGUGGCAACUGCGUGACAUACGCGGGCUGAGUCCAGUGGCUGAAGACAUGAACUCUUCGCUCGGGAGAAAUGGACUGAUAGGGCUCCUAGUGGGAGCUACAGCUGGUUUGGGCGUGAUAGCCUUCAUCAUUUAUCGGGAGGUGAGGAGGAGAUCUCCGAGGCUAGCUGUGGCAGCUCAGACUGCACUCCCACGACCAAUGGAAAGUGGUGAUGGAGCGGCAGUGAUGCUGAGGAACAUUCUGGAUGAUCAGGAGGUGGAGGCGCAGCAGGAAGCCUUAGCUGCUGUGGAGGCUGUGGUCCAGGGCUUGUCUCCUGACCAGCAGGUGGUGCUACGGCAGCAGUUGGACCAGGUCCUGAGCUGUGUCACCUCCCUGCGCUCAGAGGUGGCUGAGCUGAGGGGGGGUCUCCAGGACAUCGCUUUGCAGAUUAUUCAGGACGUCAAGAAGGGAGUGGAGGACAGCCAACGCAUUCGCCGCCGUCGGCAUUACAUUCCCCGAGAGCGCACAGACUCCACCACCUCCAGCUCUGUUUACUUCACAGCCAGUCAGGGCCUGACCAGCACCUACGAGACCAGUGAGGGGGGGUACUCCACAGCAAAUGCUGAGUCAGACUACACAGACCGGGAAACUGAUCGAGAGGAGCCUGAGCAGGGUGCAGACCCAGAGUCAGAGGGUGAGGACCAGAGUUGUGCCACUGUCAUCACUCUGAAACAGCAUGACUCUCAGGAUGAGGACCUGGAUGGGGAUACAGGUGCUGUAGGACAAGAUACCUGGGGUGAAGGUGUGAGAGGCCUGCAGCUACUGACAGAAACCCCUAGUGGAGAGCUGGCUCUGCUAUUGGCCCAGAGCGACAUUCUGCACACAGGAGACUCAAGACUAAAGGAGGAGGGCUACAAGCUGCUGCAAGACAAUAGGGCAGAGUAUGACGACAAUCGUGAGUUUGUUUGGCGUCUGGCUCGAGCCCACAGUGAUAUGUACUGGUGUACAGGAGACCCUCAGAGCAGAAGGUCCUUGGCACAGCAAGGUCUGGAGGAGGCAGAGCUUGCUAUACAAAAGAAUGGACUGGACAAAGACUGCCAUAAAUGGUUUGCUAUGUUGGCAGACGUGACAACAGACGAUGGGAGCAUGCACAACAAACUAAAAAGCAGUCGCAUCAUGAAGGAGCAUCUGGACCGGGCCCUGGCUCUCACCAACACUGACCCUGUCUGCUUCUACCUGCUCGCUAAGUGGUGCUAUCAGGUUGCAACAUUGAACUGGCUGGAAAAGAAGGCAGCGGCUGCCCUGUAUCAAAGCCCCCCCAGCUCUUCUCUGCAGCAGGCCCUUGACAACUUUCUGAAGGCAGAGGAACUGAGUCCAGGAUUCUCCAAGACUGUGAGACUCUACAUAGCCAAGUGCCAUCAGGAGCUGGGGAAUGUGUCGGAGGCCUCAAAAUGGAUGGAUCUGGCAAAGAAAACCUUCCCCACCACCCUUCAGGAUGAAGGGACAUCCAAAAUUCUGGAAUCUCACUUCCCAAAUCCCACUAAAACUAUGAAGGACUGAAGUUUUCA